GUUAAUCAUAAUAAUAAUCUUUUUAAUAUUUAAUUGAAAAAAUAUUAUGAACUCUGGAUCUAUAGAAGAAAAGAAAACACCUAGGAAACAAAAACAAUUAUCUAUUUUCGAAGCUUUUGGAAAAGCAGCAAGAAAAAGAAAGCAUAUGUCCGAUGAGGAAUUACCAACUUCAACUUGCUCAAAGAAAAUUCAGUCUUCACAUUUUGGUAUAAAACCAGAGACUUCAAUGGAUAAUAUGGAAAAGGAUGAUAAACGUCCCUCUAAAGAUGUUAUUAUAUUAGAUGAGGAUUUGGACAUUAUUGAUAAUACCAAUGAAAAGACAUUGACUGAAACUUUCGACGAAGAUAUUAUACCAGCUUCACCAGAAAAUUGUGCAAUUUUGAAGAAAGUUAAUUCAAAAGAAAUGCCAAAGUGUAAAGAUACAAAUUCAUCAGUCAAAGCGUUGUCUGAUAGUCCGAAUCCAACUCAAGAAAAGGAUGAUUUAUAUGAAGUAAUUAUGGCUGAUAAAAGAGAAGCUAAUAAUAGACUAUUGAAGAAAGAAAUUGUAGAUGAUUAUUCGGAUUUAUCGCAAAGCACCCCUCCUCCAAAGUCACCUCCCCCCAAGAGGAAAGUUUCGUCUCCCGCCCCAUCUAGAGAAAACUCCGUUUUAAAUAUGUAUGAUAGUCCAGACUUGAUUGACACUUUCCCAGACUCAUUUGACCUCGAAUUUGAUGAUGAACCUGUGACAGUAUCAUGGUUGGGGAAACCAAAAAGCCGUUUAAAAGUUGCACCCGACUGUCUUAUGCCUCUCCCUGACCUGAAGCCUUCACAACACCACACAGUUUUAUUCAAUACCUCAUAUUUUGAUAUAGGGCCACCUCCACCAAGUCGCGUUUCUUAUACAGACGCUUGGGAUUCAGAUCAUGUUAAACUCCCCUGCUCACCAAAAAGUCUUUUCCCAACUCCACAAAGUAAAAACGGGAAAUUAACGAACAGAUGGGAAUUGAUUGAAAAUGCGUUGUUCAGUGACAUAAGAGACUCUAAGCAGCUUGAAGAAGCAAUUCUUAAAUAUAAUGUUCGGUUCAAUAGGUCUUUUACUGCUCUCCAUGAUUUUUGUAAUCGGGUUUUACUACCAGCAGAACGGAAAGAGUUUUUUGAUAAAACGUUACCAAGUAUGACAAAUUUGGCUUUGUCAUUACCGACCAUUUUGACUCAACCGAUUCCCCUGUUGCGACGUCAGCAAAGUCAUUGUAUUACAUUAAGCCAGCAGCAAAUUGCUUGUUUGUUAGCAAAUGCUUUUCUCUGCACUUUUCCAAGGAGGAAUUCUAGCAGUUCAACUUCAGAAUAUGCAUCAUUUCCAUCGAUUAAUUUCAAUAGAAUAUUUGUUGGUUCUGGUUCCAACAAAUCUGACAAAAGUAUUGUCGGAAAAUUACAUUCUAUUUUCCAUUAUUUUAAACGUGUUACAACUGAAAUGCCUUCAGGUUCCGUUACUUUUGAACAUAGAGUUUGCAGUGAUUUUCCUGUUUGGAACAAAACCCCUUGCGAGCUGUGUGAGCUUCAUAUUUGCAAAGAUGGUCUCAUUGAAGACCAAGGAAAAGGAAUGUUACAAAUGGACUUUGCUAAUAAAUAUGUUGGCGGAGGGGUGCUAGGAUCUGGAAUGGUGCAAGAAGAAAUCUUAUUUUGUAUUUGCCCAGAACUUAUAGUUUCCAGAUUGUUCACUGAAGUUUUAGAUGAUAAUGAAUGUUUGAUUAUAAUGGGGGCUGAGCGAUUUAGCAAGUAUUCUGGUUACGCUAAUACAUUUGUUUGGGAAGGUGAUUAUAUAGAUUCAAACACUCGUGACUCUUGGAGAAGGAAAGUGUCUCAUAUUCUUGCUUUGGAUGCAACCAGGUUUACAAAUUUUGAAGACCAGUUUAAAAUCGGGAAAAUCCGUCGAGAACUUAAUAAACUAUAUUGUGGUUUUCGAUGUGAGUUUGACCCAGACUAUUCACCAGCCAUUGCGACUGGAAAUUGGGGGUGCGGAGCGUUUGGUGGCGAUCCAGUUCUGAAAGCACUAUUGCAACUUAUGGCAGCUGCCGUUGUUGGACGUGAUUUAUGUUAUUUUACAUUCAGUGAUUCUGCCUUGAUGCACACUAUCCAUGAAAUGUAUACCUAUAUAAAAUCAUCAAAUUUAAAUGUUGGACAAUUAUGGGAUAUGAUAUGUCGUUACAACAAUGAAGUAAUUGUUUUAUCUAAGAAACAAAGCAGAUCAAAAAUUGAAAAUAUUUUUGAAUAUAUAAAAUUGAUAAAUAAUGAUUAUGAAGCUUCAACUGAUGAAGAGAAUUCUGAAAAUAUCAAGUCUAUGGCCAACUGUUUGUCCGGAAUGUAGGUAUUUCUAUCAUGUGACAUUCGUUCACGCAUUUUGCUCCUCAGAGGCCUUUACAAGCAGUUACUGAUAUCUAAGGAGAUACUUUUAUUUGGAAGGAUUUACAGUUCGACUCGGCACUCAGUUCACCCCGGGUGAGGUGGGGGCUAUUGGAUUCGAACCUGAUAUGUCUGAGCUGCGUUGCCAGCAAAGUUGACGUCUAAUGCGUUAACCUUAAGGCCGUUUUACUCGGUACUGAUCAUACUUGGAAGUGUCGAUAAAAACUCAAAGUUCCAUAAUUACCAGUAGUUCUUGUUUAUUGUUCAUGGUUUCGAAAUUUAUUAUAAAAUCCUAUUUACUCGUUUUGUUAACUGGUACAUGUAGAAUUCAUAAUAUAAAGUCACUGUGUAUGAAAUUUUGAAUAGUGAUGUCCUUUACCGAAUUCACCUGCUUUAUUGCCUAGAAAAGCAAUUUAUGAACUGCUACACCAUGCAGUAAAAUCAUUAUAUAUGCCAAAAUUAGUUUUAAAAAAUAGUAUAAAUAUACAUAAUAAGGUAAAAUUUACUGAAUACAACUUUAAUUGUGUAAAAAUAUAGAAAUUUCAUUCAACUAUAUUUUAAUUUGUUGAAGUGCUAUUGAAUAUUUCAUUUUUCUAUUUAAGUAUUUUAAUUUAGAAAUUUUUUGCACAUUCCUGACAUUUGUAUUGUUAUAUGUGCUGUUCUUAUUUCCUUCUAUGUUGAUUUCCAUUAUUUCCAAUCCGAUUUAUCUUUUUACAUCUUGUUCACUGAGUAGAAUUGAACUUACAAUCUACAUAUUAUAAUUGUUCCUAAUUGAACUUCAUUUU